AUGUCUCCACCUACCUUAUUUGAUGUGAUUGGAGAGCCAUCAUCAAUUCCUUGUACUGUUGAAAUGAUCCCAACACCUACACCACAAAUAAAUUCCACAAAAUGGAAGGAUUUGAUUAUUGGAGGAGGACAAAUAUUUCCAAAUGUCACUGCUCUCCGAGAAACACUAUACAAGUAUAGCUUAUCCCAGAAGUUUUCAUACCUUUUUAUUAAGAAUAAUCAGCAAAAGAUCAUUGUGAAGUGCAAGGUUGAUGGUUGUCUAUGGUAUAUGGGUGCAUAUUUAAUGGGAGCACAUCAAGAUACUGAGUUUUUAACUAUCAGAACAUAUAAAAGUGAACAUAUUCAUCAUGCACAGGACAACUUAAUUGUUUCUCACUCAGGAAGGUCAAAUUUAACUGCUUUAAUUGUGAUUGAUGGCUUGAGGUACAAUGUUGACAAGAGUCCUAAUGAGAUUAGAAAGGACUUGUAUAAAGAAUAUGGAGUGCAAUUGAAUUAUACUCAAGUAUAUAAGGUCAGGAAGAGAGCACUAACGGAAUUACAUGGUCGAGUAGAAGAUUCUUAUAAGGUAAUCCCUUGUAUAUGUGAGAGAUUAACGGAAACUAAUCCUGAUACAGUUGCAAGAUGGGAAGGCUCAGAUAGCAAUCGAUUUGAGAGGCUAUUCAUUGCAUAUGGAUGCUCAAUUGAAAGCUUUGUGUAA